AGGAAGUGAUGUCAGGUACAGGCAGGAAGUGAUGUCAGGUACAGACAGGAAGUAGUGAGGAGAACGUUGUGGAAGUGGCAGCAGAGGAGGUAAGUUAUCCGUCUACAAGGAGACCUGUAUAGAUCACAUGAUGGCACCAAUGAGGAUGGGAGGAGGACCGGAGUCACAUGACUGAGAAGAUACUAAACCUCACCCUGGAGAUCAUCUACCUGCUGACCGGAGAGAGAUUUCCUCUUCUGAAGUCAGGUGAUCAUAUGACCAUCACAGUGCCUCCAUGUGACUCACUAAACCCUGAGAGACACAACAUGCAGAAGAUUCUAGAAGUCACCAAGAAGAUGAUGGAGCUGCUGACAGGAGAGGUUCCUAUGAAGGUGUCAGGGUGUCACUUGUCUAUUUCUCCAUGGAGGAGUGGGAGUAUUUAGAAGGACACAAGGACCUCUACAAGGACGUCAUGAUGGACAAUCAGCCGCCCCUCACAUCACCGGAUGGAUCCAGUCAUGGGAACCCACCAGAGAGAUGUCCCGUCCUCUGUAUUCCCGGGAUUCCACACAGGAAGGUCACACCAUCCCUCACCAUAUCAUCAGAGUGGAAACUGAGAGAUCCUAAAGUUGAGGUUAAGGAAGAGAUAAAAGAGGAGGAGGAUGAGGAUGGGGGGAUGGAGGAGUCAGAGCUUCUAAAAGAACACAAAGAUCUGUACCAAGACACCAUGGAACCCACCAGAGAGAUGUCCCUGUCCUCUGUAUUCCCGGGAUUUCCACACAGGAAGGUCACACCAUCCCUCACCAUCAUCAGAGUGGAAUCCUCGGGGAUGAUAAUAUUGAUGUUAAUGAAGAGUAUAAAGAGGAGGAUGAGGAGUAUGGAGUGAUGGAGGAGUUUUUCAGAAGGACACAAGGAUAUGAUGGAGCCACCUAAUACCAGGAACCCCCCAGAGAGAUGUCCCCGUCCUCCCUAUGUAUUCCCGGGAUUCACACAGGAAGGUCACACCAUCCCUCACUAUUACAAGAGUGGAGAUCCAAUCGAUAUAGAAUUUGAGGUGAAAGCAGAAGAAGAAGAGGCGUAUGUGAGGGAUGAUCAGCAGUCAAUGGAGGAGGAUGGAAUAACGGGGACAUUUAUAGAGGAGGGACACUCCUACAGAGAUCAGCACAGG